CACCAUUCGCCGCCGCAGUGCCAACUCCGAGCUCAGAGCAUGCCAACUUGGGUAUGCGCUUGUGCCACAACCUCCGCCUGCUCGACAUCUGCCACUAGUUCCAGCGAGAAAGCGGCGACCCUGGCAGCGGCCGAGGAGGUGCCCGUCUCAGGUUUCUGCAAGUUGGCAAGUUCUCCUGCAACCCAAGUACCACCUGUGAGCACCAUGGGCAGUAAGACUAUUCCGGCUCCCGUGCCUAUUCAUCCAUCCCUACAAUUAGCGAACUAUGCAUUUCUCCAAGCUUCCAACGGCAUCCCCACUCCUUCAGACCAACUGCACAACCUGUAUGGCUUCAGCACCCUCCACACUGUCCAUCUCCACCAGUGGACCCUGGGCUAUCCUCCGAUGCCGCUGCCCCGCUCCUCCUUCUCCAAAGUGCCUGCUGUUUCCGCUCUGGUGGACACUCGGUUUCAGCUGCCCACGAUCCCCAUCUUCCCCCACGUUUUCCAACCGAAACAAGAGUCCAGCAGUGUUCCGAACAAGACAAGACCCAGGUUCGACUUCGCCAAUUUGGCCAUUGCGGCUACCCAGGAGGACCACCCUAAGCGUGGGCAAACUGACGGACAGUGUUCCCCUUCAGCCAUUGGUUCCCUGCUCGACGCCACCAAGUUGUCGCCGGAGAGGAAACCCACCCGGGGGAGGUUGCCGUCCAAAACCAAAAAAGAAUUUGUCUGUAAAUUCUGUGGGAGGCACUUUACCAAAUCUUACAAUCUCUUAAUACACGAAAGGACCCACACCGACGAGCGGCCUUACACGUGCGACAUUUGUCAUAAGGCAUUUAGGAGGCAGGAUCACCUCCGUGACCACAGAUACAUUCAUUCCAAGGAAAAACCCUUCAAAUGUCAAGAAUGCGGUAAAGGAUUUUGCCAGUCCAGAACAUUAGCUGUUCACAAAACACUGCACGUGCAGGUAAAAGAGUUGAAAACCUCUAAAGUAAAAUGCUGAACAUAGUGUCUGCAAACAGGACUCAGAGUGGAACCGUGAGGAAAAAGCCGAUAACACGGACCUACCUGUCAAACUUAGAGACAGCAUAGACUAUAUCCACUCCGCUGCUGUUCUUUUCUGUUAUUUUAUUCCAAUACAGAUUUUCUGCGGGAUUCUGCUAUGGGAAGACUUGUGUCGUUUUCUCAGUCUGAGCAAACAAACAAACAAACAAACAAAACAAAAAAAAAACCCUUGUUUCGGUAGAUUGUCUCUUGAAAUGAAGGGCGGUUGAACUGUGUCGCCCUUCUUGAUGUCCUCCGCCGUGAACUUGGAGUUGGAAGGUGAUGCUUUGUCUUCUGUGUUUAACAGGGAUCUCCGCACAAAUGCCCGACGUGUGGCAGAAUGUUUAAUCAGAGAAGCAACCUGAGAACCCACCUCCUUACUCACACUGACAGAAAACCUUACAACUGCCGUCAGUGUGCCAAGAUUUUCCGGAGAAACUGUGACCUGAGGCGCCACAGCCUCACCCACAAUCUCAGAAACAACCCAGAACUCCAAAAGUCUGCAAUGUGUGGAUUUAGAGACUUUAGUUGAGUUUAUUAGGCCUGAUUGUCCCAAAGUUUAGGGUGUGUGGGAUGGAAUAAUUACCAAACCGCAGCUAGAAGCCAAAGAAUCAGAGCGAGAGAGAGAGAUAAAGAGAAAGAGAGACAGAGAGAGAGAGAACAUUGUGAAGACUUUGCGUUGUUUGAAUGUAUGAGGAACAUCUGAUUUAGGAUUGAGGGGUCGGUUUCAUCUCUUGUGUAUGGGAAAAGGAAGACAUGGGUGAUGUUACUAUAGGAUACGAGCUGAGUCCCGACACUUCAGCUUUGUGAGGUGAAAAUCUACUACGGCAAAAACAAUAAUAAUAAUAGUGCAUCAAUAGACCACGGCUGGAUGGAAAACUGCUUGUGAACUGCAUUGCGUGAAAUAUUGCAGUAAGACUGAACUCAUUGCUAAACCCGUGCGGCACAUUGUUAUGCAAUAUAACAACAUUCGAAACUACAUUCCAAUCGGCGGGGUUUUUUUUUAAAAAAAACACAAAUUGUUCUUUGUAAAUGUUUUUGGCACUUUACGCUGUUUUUUUAUUAUUUCCAUGUAUCACUGGAUUUCUAAUCUUUUUAAACGAAUAAAUUGCCAUUUUAGGCA